CGGAAACAGACGCGCGACCGCGUUCGACGGCUGCCACCGGUGCAGUACACGUCGUGCACGCAAUCCGCGGUCGUCCGAUAACGCGCGGAACGUUCCCUCGGUCAUGGAAGCGGACGGGUGCGCGGUGUGCGGCGCUCCGGCCGCGCAACGGUGCGCCAACUGCUUGGCCGCGCGGUACUGCGGCCGGGCGCACCAACGGGCCCACUGGACCGAGGGCGGCCACAAAUCCGCGUGCCGGCCGUACGUGGUGGCCUCGUCGCCGGAACUCGGCCGGCACUGGGUGACCGUCAGGGACGUGGCGGUAGGCGAGGUGCUGCUGGAGGAACGGCCGCUGGCCGUAGGCCCGAAGGCCGGCUCGCCGCCCGUGUGCCUGACGUGCUACGCGCCGGCCACGGGUCACGCGUGCUCGGGCUGCGGUUGGCCGGUUUGCGGUCCACGAUGCGAGGCCGCGCCCGUCCAUCGGCUGGCCGAGUGCUCUCUCGUCCGCGGCCACUUCGACGAGCGCCACCUGUCGGCGAAACAAUUGAAAAACAACACAAAGAUAUGCGAAGAACUGUUACGAUUAGCUGACGUCCUGGAACCGGGCAUCACCAGGUUCCGGGGUCUACUACUGUUUUACCUGGUAUGCGGUCUGAAAAAGUUGAAGCGUAUCAAGAAGAAAUCAAAUUAUGACGAAAUUAUCAAGAACUACACGGAAAAAUCGGUGGCCAUUUUUAAAACUGAACCAGAUUUGGACUAUUUAAUCGAUCGAUUGCAAUAACCGCUGAUGCGACGUUUGUACAAUAACGUCCAGCGUGCGGUCACCACGAAUUAUUUUAAUCAAUGUAGUGUCAACUAAAAUCUUUAGCUUGAUGUUUGUUCAUCGUUUGUUUUGAUUUUGUAGGUUAGUGGUAACUAUAAAUUACAAGAUUUUUUGGAAAUCAAAAACAUUACAUUGCCUUGUGUUCGUCAAGACUGUGGUUCCUCAACACAGCUGUAAAUAAAUAUGAUUCCUGUGAAUUAA